UACACUGGAUGAGUCAUGUUGGCAACGUAACAUUCAUUAUUGAUGUUUAUGGAAGCAAUCAUUUUUUGAUAAAUUGAAAUUCUAGUUAUUUGUGACAAUUGUGAAUGCUUUUAAUGUGCCUUCUUUAUAACGUUUUAGUUCUUUAAAUAUUUUAUUUAUUAAAGUUUUAAACAAGAUAUAAUUAGAAUAAGAAAUUUGGUUGAUAUUAUUUUCGUAACUUAGCAGAAAGUUGUUUAUUAGAUUAGUUUCGAAGCCCAUCUCUAAUAGACAUGGCACUUGAAUUCUUGUUUGGGCGUCGGAAGACACCCGAAGAGAUGCUCAGACAAAAUCAGAGGGCUUUGAACAAAGCGAUGCGGGAUUUGGAUAGAGAAAGAUCUAAAAUGGAACAACAGGAGAAGAAGAUUAUAAAUGACAUUAAGAAGAUGGCUAAGGAAAAUCAGAUGGAUGCUGUAAAAAUAAUGGCCAGAGAUCUUGUCAGAACAAGACGCUAUGUUAAGAAAUUCAUCCUCAUGAGAGCUAACAUACAGGCAGUUUCUCUCAAAAUACAGACCCUCCGAUCUCAGAAUGCUAUGGCCACUGCUAUGAAAGGUGUGACCAGAGCAAUGCAGAAUAUGAACAAACAACUUAACCUACCUCAAAUCCAGAAGAUAAUGCAGGAAUUUGAGAAGCAGAGUGAGAUUAUGGACAUGAAAGAAGAAAUGAUUAAUGACACCAUUGAUGAUGCAAUGGGUGAAGAUGAGGAUGAAGAAGAAAGUGACGCCAUUGUUGCCCAAGUGUUUGAUGAACUUGGCCUUGAUACUAGCAACUUAUUGAAAGAUCUCCCAAGUACAGGUGGAUCAUUGAGCGUCGGUGUUUCAACCAAUAAGCAGCCAGCUGCGGUGGCCGACGUGGAUGCCGAUCUCCAGGCUCGUCUAGAAAAUCUUAGGAGAGAAUGAUGAGGAGAGAGUUGAUUGUUCUAUUUUUGUACAAUAAAAGUUCUAAAUAUUGAUAAAGAAAAUAAUUAUUUUAAUUUGGAGCAUCAAUGUAUGUUUACAUUCAACACAGUUUUUUUUCCCUUGUGAAUUUGAAAGUAUUUAUGUAAAGUUAGAGCUUGUAUAAUAUUUUAUUUCUUUUAUUAUCAUUAUUAUUUUGAUUUCUUUUCAAUAACCUUUAUUUUGCUAUCGAAAAAUACUGUUAUGUUUAUGGAUAUUUCUAUUAUUACUUGUCUUCAAAUUAAAAAUGCUGAAUUUCUUUUAAUAUUAUCUAAUAUUUUAAGAAAAUCUGAACUUUUUAAAUUUUCCAUGGAUUUAAAUUAAUUUAAACAAAAUGAGUAUUUCUGAAAUAAAUAUGGUUUAUGAUUGAUCUACUUAUGAUUAUUCUUAUGAUCUUAUCCAUAUGAUUGAUCUACAUGUACAAUCCUUGUACGUGUGGAUCAUGUACACGUUGAUUAACGUAAUCUUUGGAGCAAUAUUUUUCUUUAACAAUGUUAUUGCAGAGGUUGUAUAAGUUUUUAUAACUUGUAAUUUCUUGAAUUUAAUGAACAAUGGGCAACAAGUUUGUUUUUAAACUAUAAACUAAUAAUUUUAAGAUAUGAUUAAGGAAGAAUCAAUAUUUCGGUUGUAUCAACUAUUUUAGAUAUUGUUUUGCAAACGAAGAAAAUAUCUGGGGAGAGGGACAUUUUCCUUUGCAGUAAAACAAUCCCCAGUCUAAUUUCAGGGUCAAUACUUGAAUUAACGUUAACUUAUCUUUAAAAAAAUCGUUUGUUCAGAUUGAAUUGCUUAUUACGCAAGCAAUAUUUGUUAUGAAAUGUUUUAGAAUAUACAAUUUAUGGCCUUUGUGACAUUUUUGCUAUGCAAACAGAAUCAUCCAUUCAGUUUCUAGAAUGGUGCUAAAAAAGCAAAGGUUUAUUCUCACUGUGAUGUGACUAUUUUGCAUUGAAAUUACUUUUUAUUUAAAAUGCAUCCUAAUUAAUGUUUUAUUUAGUUUUUUGUGAGUGUGUGGAAGAAAAUAUUUUGACUUAAACUCUUAGUGGAAAAUACUUGUUAUUGUAGAUUUAUGUACAGUAAAAAAUAAAUUGUUUUUAUAAUUAUUG